CUUCCGGCUCCAGCUGCUUGGGGCUUCUGCUGACGGAGCGGAGCCUGCGGCGCCGGGAUGGUGUUGCUGGAGAGCGAGCAGUUCCUGACGGAGCUGACCAGGCUCUUCCAGAAGUGCCGCUUGUCGGGCAGCGUGUUCAUCACCCUGAAGAAGUAUGACGGUCGAACUAAACCCAUUCCAAGAAAAGGUUCUGUGGAGGGCUUUGAGCCCUCAGACAACAAGUGUCUGUUGAGAGCUACUGAUGGGAAAAAGAAGAUCAGCACUGUGGUGAGCUCCAAAGAAGUCAAUAAGUUUCAGAUGGCUUAUUCAAACCUCUUGAGAGCCAACAUGGACGGGCUGAAGAAGAGGGACAAAAAGAGCAAGAGUAAGAAGAGCAAAGCAGCACAGUGAAGGGCACCCGAGUGCCUGCUUUCACCCACUAGCCACUGAAUGCUCUUUUUCCUUUGGCUUUUACUUUUGGCCACAAAGCUAGGUUUCUGGUUCCCCUACAGUAACUGUUUUCAUGUGAGAUUAGGGUCAUUUUGGAUGGAAGAAGGGCUGCAGUAUUUAUAGGGUAGUUGUGAGAAGUCGGUUUAUUUUAGAUCUGGCUAAUUGUUUCUUUGUGCUGCAUGGUUGUAUGUUCCUGGAUUAUAGUUUAAAGUCUCUGUAUCUGUGUGAAGAGCAACGUUUCAUUAAACCUGUGUUUAUCAGCACUGAC